UUAAUGCGGCCACCGGCCAGCAUCUUCCUCCCGACUUCACUUCCUCUCCCCCAUCCUCUCCUCGUAGUCUCCGCCGGCCGCCGACGCCUGCCCCUCCCUGCGGCGAAAUCCCAGGCACGGCGGCGGCGGCAGUGCGACCUGAUCAGAUCCGAUGGGGGCGACGGAGCCGCAGUGGGUGCUGAUGGCCACGGGGCGGUCGCCGACCAACAUCGCGGUGAUCAAGUACUGGGGGAAGCGGGACGAGGCGCUCAUCCUCCCCGUCAACGACAGCAUCAGCGUCACCCUCGACCCCGACCACCUCUCCGCCACCACCACCGUCGCUGCCAGCCCCUCAUUCCCAUCCGACCGCAUGUGGCUCAACGGCAAGGAGAUCGCAUUGUCGGGCGGGAGAUUCCAGAGCUGCCUGAGGGAGAUACGGAAGCGGGCUCGUGAUGUCGUGGACGAGAAAAAGGGGAUCAAGAUCAAGAAAGAGGACUGGGAAAAUUUGCAUGUCCACAUUGCGUCAUACAACAACUUCCCAACCGCUGCGGGUUUGGCCUCUUCGGCUGCUGGCUUUGCUUGUCUUGUUUUCACCCUCGGAAAGCUAAUGAAUGUGAAUGAAGAUUACGGAGAACUUUCUUCAAUAGCAAGGCAGGGGUCUGGAAGUGCAUGCCGCAGUAUAUAUGGUGGAUUUGUGAAAUGGUGUAUGGGAAAAAAUGAUGAUGGAAGGGACAGUAUGGCAGUACAGCUUGUUGACGAGACACAUUGGGAUGAUCUUGUUAUAAUCAUAGCAGUGGUCAGUUCAAAGCAGAAGGAAACCAGUAGCACCAGUGGGAUGCGAGACACUGUCGAAACAAGCCCCCUCUUGCAAUACAGGGCCCAGACUGUAGUGCCAAGUCGGAUAUUGAAAAUGGAAGAUGCUAUCAAGAAUCGUGAUUUUGAAUCCUUCGCCAGGUUAACUUGUGCAGAUAGCAACCAGUUUCAUGCUGUAUGCUUGGACACGAGUCCUCCCAUCUUCUACAUGAACGAUACAUCACACAGGAUAAUUAGCCUUGUGGAAAAGUGGAAUCACUCAGAAGGAACCCCACAGGUUGCCUACACAUUUGAUGCUGGGCCUAACGCUGUCCUAAUAGCACGAAACCGCAAAACUGCCACCCUUCUCCUUCAGAGGCUUUUAUACACUUUCCCCCCACAGGAGAAUGACUUGGACAGCUAUAUGCUCGGCGAUAAAUCGAUCCUAAGCGAUGCCGGAUUGCAGUCCAUAGCCGAUGUCGAGGCCCUUCCACCGCCUCCAGAGAUGAAGACCCAAAACCAAAAAUUCAAGGGUGAUGUUAGCUACUUCAUCUGCAGUAGGCCUGGGGCCGGCCCAAAAGUUCUUGUCGAUGAGAGCCACUCCUUGAUUGAUUCAGCCACGGGGCUUGCGAAAGGAGUGUAAUUUUGGACGACGAUUACUUGUCUGAUACUCUAGGUUUAACACUGUCUUUGGUGUUGAGAUUAAUGUAGAAUUGUCACGUUGUUGUACACUCAGUACUUUUAUCAUUUUGAUCUUGUACUGUACCUUUGAUCUUGUACCAUUCCCAUCAUUUUGUCCCUGACUGUUGUAGCCGCUUAAAGAACAUGUGUAUUUCUUCAAUAAAAGUUGUCGAAUGGGUUAUCACUUUA